CCUUAGGAUUAUUUUUACCGAACUACCAUCAGUUCCGAACCUGUGGAUAGGUUUGUUAAAAAUAUUCAUCAACAUUCGGCGAUGUGCUCGGCGUUAUUCUACGGAUCAUUAGGCUCGGGUUAUACAAUCAAUGCUAAAUUGCAAAUAGAAAGACAAAUUAAAAGUAUUGUUUUUUCUCAAAAGUGGGUAGAGUGCGCUAAAGAGAAGAGAUCACAUCAUUGAUAAAUUCUUCAUGAAAUUACCUUUCUAAUCGUGUACUAAUUGGAUCUAAAUUUAAUCAUGUAUGUAUUUGAUCAUGUCCCAUUCAAAAAAUCCUUUUAUAUGUAUCUUUUAUACAGUGAGG